AUGCCAGAAGCAUUUCGUCCGCGUUCUAGUUCCGGUUUCAAGGAUUCGGUUAUUUUGGCUUUGAGCCGCAAGAAAAGGAAGUAUAGUAAAAGCGAAGAAUGGUCAUUCCCUCUGCGGUCGUUGAAACGACGACGAGAAGCUGAACAACAGUGGCAACCGUCGUUUUCCUUAGCUGACCGGACACCGGAGCCUGUUGACAAGUGGACUUUCGAAAUUUGUGUCUCUGAAUGUUCUCACCUAGCAGAUAAUACCGACUGGUCAUCGUCGACGUCAUCGAUUCAAAGGCUACCCACCAUCACCUCUCCUCUUCCGAAGACCGAAGAGCGAAAAGCUGUAUUCUUGGAUUCAAAAUGCCCAGUCACAAACCCAGACAAACCUCUUCCGGCAAAGAGGCUGAAGCGAAACGGCGCUCUUCUGCGUCGUCUGCUUACCCGUGAACCGCGCAGUCCUCCGACGGAUUUAACAAAAAUUGACUGGGUUCGCAGAGACGGCUUGUCCUUCAGAAUGAGUAUGCCGAUUUUCCAGUAUCAUCCAAAACCGGCCGUACCUGUGAUACAUUACAGUGAAGAACGCGCCAAAAGAGCGCAGCAGUACUUUCAAAACCGGGUGGAAAAGUUGCUGUUCAAGCCAAAAAUGGAACUGCCACCAACGACCACAGCAGAACAAUCCCGACAAUGGGAGCUAAUGACUCCGUCUGUGGCACCUGCGGUGGUUUCUUUGACCCCCUCCUCGACCAUAUCCGUCGUCGGUUCGCAGAGCGUUAUCGACACCGGGGAAUCAAUAUGCUACACCGCCCGUAAAUAUAUUCUCGGCUACUGUGUCUUCUCAAUCGCAACCAAGGUCAAGGUCGAAGAGCAGACGACGAAGGUAUAA